UUUUUACUAUUUAUAAAUUUUAAAAUCAAGUAAUAAUCAUUUAAAAUCCAUCAAAUAAUAUGUUCAAAUAAAAUAAAUAAUUUAAAAAAAGGAUUUCACCCGGAAAUAUAAAAUGAAUUUUAAUAACGAUAAAUUAUGUAGUCAUAUUUCAAUAACGCCGCAGAUGAUAAUUGAAGCUGUAAAAAGACUUCAACUACUUAAAAUUUAUGUUCCAUCAAAUCUUAUUAGUGAAUAUUUACGUCAUUCCUAUCCAGUUAAAAGUAAUAUAAAAACGUUUAACGAAGAAUUAAGAAAGAAAUUAAAUUGUGCUGUACGUGUUGGAUUAAUUCUAAAACAUGGAGAAGAUUCGUAUUACUUACCUACUUUAAGACAAGAAGCAAAUACACUUAAAACAGCAUUUACUGCAUUUUGGGAAAUAUAUAAAAACUGGUCUAAAUUCCAUAUUUCACAAACCAAAAAUCAAAAUAGAAAUCAUUCUACAUUUAAAAAACGAACCAAAAAUAUGAAAUAUUUCAAAGAUAAUGACAAUCAUAAUAAAUAAAAAAUAUUUUAAAUGAAAUAUUAUAAAUUUUUUAUUAAUAAUUUCAAUUUAUAUUUAAAAAAUAA